UACGCGUGUUGAACAUUUUAACCUUCGUGGUUGCAAUCAUGGAGCAGUAAAUUUCUAUAUCCAUCAAACAGCGAGGCUUAAAAAUGGCAUCAAAACGAAAACAAAAUGGAAGUGAAGUUGUAAGCUCCAGACAUCAUUGUGGACGCGAGCUUUUACGGCCGAGUCAAUUUGGGAAGAUAAGGAUGACUUUCUGGAUGUUGUGUACUGGAUGAGACAAGUGAUGGGCCUUGUUCUGGGGGUGGUAUGGGGCAUCAUUCCCCUCAAAGGGUUGAUGGGUCUCCUGCUAUUUUUUCUGGUCAAUUCUGCCAUCAUUUAUUUUUACUAUAGUUCAUUCCAAAAAGUAGAUGAAGAGGAGUACGGAGGGGCCACAGAAAUCCUGAAAGAAGGUUUAAUGACAUCGUUUUCAGCAUUUUUGGUGUCCUGGAUAAUGCUAUACUCCGCUCUCUAUACAGACAUGACAUGAUGAAGCGUCUGCGCUUAGUUGAUUUCCGCAAUUAUCCACCUACUCAGAACAUUUGGAAAGACAUUUUUAGCCGUGGCAUUAUUCCCAGACAUAAGGAUUGUGCUGUGGCUCGUGGUGAUUCCCCAGCUGUAAGGCGAGGCUAUCCCGGGGUUCAUCUCACUUUCUGUUCCCUGAACCCAACUGAGAGAGUUGUAUCAAAAUGGAUGUGACAGACAAAUCAAUAUUAACUUAAGAGAUCAUCUGAAAACACUAGUGUUAUUUAACUACAAGAGAAUAAUGGGUUAUAUGCCAUUUAAAUUCUGGAUUGAAAUGAGAAAAGAUGUUUAACUGUAGUGGAAUAUAUAAAGUGGUGCAGGAAACCUGUAUAUAAUAGUAUGAAAUGACCCUAUUUCUACAACAGUCAGUGAAUUGGUUUGAAUGACAUUAGUACAUGUAGUAAAGACAGUACUGUGGUUGAAUGAAUACAUUUGUUGUCGAAAAUCCUAGUCAGGGUUAAAGGAAAUGACGAAUUGAAAUGGCAGAUAAUUAAUGAUGUAAAAGGGGAAAUAAUUUGAAAAAGUUUGAAAAAGAGUUACCUCCUCUUCCAGUUUGGGGCAGAAGGCUGUCUAAACUUAAAACAAAAACUGUCAUAUUCUGUGUUAUAUUCAUUGAGUAUGUCUCAUUCUCUUUCAUCUUCAAAUGAAAUUUCUCAGAUUUAUUAAUGCCUUAUGACCUUCAUAUUUCUUGAUUAAUGAAUUUUUAGGUUUAAUUUGUAUACUCAAUAAAAUAUCUUUUAUGUGGUCA